UAUACCGUAUCGUAAAGAUGAGGUAAAAUCGCAUGCAUGCAGUAUGUUGUAGAAGGUUUUUUAUCCUCCGAGCACAAAAAUUGUCCUCCGAGGACAAAUAUUGUCCUCCGAUGACAAAAAUCCUCCCCUCCAAGGACAAAAAUUGUCCUCCGAUGACAAAAAUCCUCCCCUCUGAGGACAAAAACUGUCCUCCAAGGACAAAUAUUGUCCUCCGAGAACAAUUUUCCUCUCCUCCUCCUCAGAGGAUAAAAUCAAAGUAAAAUGUACUUACAUGUGUUGGGUGAUGCUGCGUGAAUCUCCUCGAGUGUAGAUGUACAGGUAUAGAUGAGUAUGCUUCCUUUCCGAUUGAUUCCUCUCAGGUGUAGAUACUGCCUAUGCUUGCUUUCAGAUUGAUUCCUCUCAGGGGUGUUGCCUUGACGAGAGCUCAACUGGUUAUGAGGUCCGGAACUCAAGUUGAGAGGUGAGAAAAUGCUGUGAAAACAAUGAAAUAUUUAAUAAUUGAUAAUAUUAGAAAUCAAUAAGCAUCAUGAGAUGCUAUUCAAAAUAUGUUUAAGUGAGUUGACAUGGAGGAGAUUUUUUCAGCUUCUAGCAGGUGUGGGCAGACACCGUCCCAUGCAGAGUUCUAGACGAGAUUUUUUUUUCGUCUUCUAACACAUGUACAAGGAUGCUAUUCGAAAAAUGAUUGGGUGACAGUUUUUUGUGAUAGGAGAGAGAAUACUUACAAAUCUGAAUGUUGCCGAUAACGAUGUGGGAGCACGUGUUGAAGGGGAGAAAUUUGAAUUUUUUUCGCCUUGUAGCACGCUUUGCUCUCACUCGCACGAGCCUGGAACAGAGAGAGAAACGUAUGGUAUAUAAACAGAAGUGAUGAGAGGAAAAUUGUCAUUUACAUCUGAGUCUACUUUGAGUGCACUUCACGAUGAGUUCUCCAUCAACAUCUUCUCCAUCAUAUGUGCUGCCGGAUAGCCCACCAGCACACCAGCGCGUGCUCAACUAUUGGCAACGGAAAGCUGCCAUCGCUGCUGCUGAGUCGUCCGCUGCUGCUGCACCCGCUCCACUCAAUGUGGAACCACCAACGCCAAGCGGCGAGAUCGUGCUGGGGGACAGCCCUAUUCAAUGCCUGGCUCCAGCUGCUACCUGGGCACCGCGGCGAGCGGUGCUAACUACUCUACCGAACAACAGGCAGAAGCAGGGGAAGCGGAAGUUGAUGUUUGAGGAGGAGGCAGAAGUUAGCGGGGAUGAGGACGAGUCAAUCUUCUCACAAACAAAGAAAUGUGCUGGAAUGGACAAGAACUCAUCCAUGGUGCCACUGAUGAAGGAGCUGUGGUGAGGGGAGGAGGAGGAUGAGAUGGAGUUCGUGAGAAUCGUUAAUGCACCAAUGGCUAAACCGUGGACUCCUCUCCGCGAGCUGGCAGAAGAUGUGCGGCACAGCAUCAUCUCGGCUCGAGAGGAGACAAACCACCAUGGCAGGAGCAUAAUAUUAAAAAUGAACAUUUCAUCCACAAAGAAAAUCUCUGAGGUAUAUCCACCUCAGAGAUUUUCUUCCAUAAUUUCUCCUGCUCAAAUUGUAAAAUUUAAUAGUAAUUGUAAGAAUUUAGGAAUAGUGGUGAAGCAUGUCACCGCUACAUGGACUGACGUGAAGAUUGUUAAUAUUUAACAAUCUUAUUCUCAUACCAUGUUGUGGUGACAAGCUUUACAAGUAGAAGUAGUAUAUUAUAAUGUAGUGAUUAAUAAUAAUAAUAAAUUGUGUACAUAUUUGAUAAAAAA